GAAUCAUCAUGUUGUUGAAGGUACCAUCUGUGGACUGGUCGGAGCAAAUCAUUUAUGUGAUAGACGACGACGAGUCCCUGUCGGAUUUCGACGAUGAGCCAGAUUUCUCCGAGUAUAUGUGGAUGGAGAAUGAGGAGGAGUUCGACAAGAACGAACUCCAACGACUAGAGGAGGAGGAAAUCAUGCAGGAAUGUAUCGAGGCUAUGAUGGAGGACGAGCUGGAAGAGCAACUCAACGAGUGGGAAAAGGCAAAAACGGAGGAGCAGAACACGGCACUUUCCGCCCUGCCUAAAAGUCAGUGCAAUGUGGAAAAGUCGGUUUUGAAUCCCAUGGCCGAUGAAUUUGUACCGCGUAGUCAUAUAUUGGACUUGCCCGCCUCGUAAAGUCAGCCAGCCAGCCCGACCACCACCAGACUCGCAAACCCACUCCCAUAACACGUGGACCUCACCUGACAGGCGCUCCAGUUAGCGCUCCAGUCGACACGCAAAAAUCCUAAGAAAAAUUUUUAAAUCCUUUGCAAAAACUCGAACUACCAUUAGUCCAUGCCCCGAACUGCUGCAAUAGCAGGAUUCAAAGGAACUUGGCCAUUACCCAACAGAUACGCAUAGCCGUAGACAAAUAGAUGGUUCUGACCGAAUCCAAGUGCUGGCGACCGAAAUGCAAAAGAAUAACAUUUCUGAAAUCAAUUAUAAAAUUAACAAAAAGCCACUAAAAAAAAAAAAAAAAAAUACAAAACGUUAAAAGAGAAACAUACAAAAAAAGACCUAAAACACCAACAAACACAGCAUGUAACGACUAACAACUAUGCCACGUACAUCAUCGUACAUCGUAAUUAGAGUUAAACACGAACUGUUUGCGCAGGAAUACGGAGCCGGAGCCGGAGUGGAGCUCUCGCUCUGCAGACACUGGCGGUUUGAUGGUGAAGCUGAAGCUAGCGAAACUUUGGUAUCAACGUACAAAACGAAAACAAAUGACUUUUUACACGCGACAAUUGUGUGUUGCAACAUUUCUACCGACUUAAAAACGAAACCAACUACGACUACCAUUAAAACAACUACAUAACUGCGCCAAUUUCCAGCUAAAGAAAAUGUAAGCAAAAACCAAGACUCGACCCGAUUGUGUUAGACACAAACAGAAUUUACAACCCGAACCGUCAUGCCGUUUAAACGAAAUUCUAUGCAAAGACUUUAAUUUUAGUUAAUAUUUUAUUUAAUUUACGACACACGACUUCCCGACACUUUCUACACUUAUUUUAAGUUGAAAAUUUGUGUAUAACUUUUGCUUUUAUUUUUUUUUAAUAAUCUGUGUCCCGUCCCCAUUCCACCCAUUGUUAACUCGUUGUACGUUCUACCUAAGUUACCAAAAUCGCUUGUCCACGCACCCCAUCUGACUCUCGCUGUACUUGUAAAUUACGACUAUAAUUUAGUGACUAAAACGAAUCGAGAAUUGAGAUACUAAUGUUAAAAGCCUCUUUAUACAACUUACAUGCAUAGAUAUACAUAAAAUACAUAGUGUUAAUCGAAUGAAAAGAAACGAAACGGGAACGAUGCAGAACAAUAGUUUGGCGAAUUUUAGGUCAAAAAUAUUGUUCAGCACGUUUGCCCCACAGAGCAAAUGCACAAAAUA